GAUGGUGGUGAUGAUGAAAUGUUGAUGAUAAUGGUUGGUGGUGGUGUUUUACCGUGACAUUUAGGGCGAGUUAGCGAGACUCGGGGAUCCGGACUGUUGUCGCGACGGAUCUGGGACAGUUAGCAGUGCGUACCCGUAAAAUCGUCAAGCGUGCGCGCGCGCGCGCGCGCGUGCUCCCGCGAAACAACGGACGGCUUCGAGAGGGAGAGAAGUCGCGGCCUUAAGGGAGAAACUCUGUUCUCUUUCUCUUUCUCUCGUUCGCUCGCUCGCUCGCUCGCGAGUUCACAUCUCGCGACGGUCCGUCGAGAUAUCGCAGCCGUGCGAUCGCGUCGCGUCGGUCGAACUGUGAAAAUUUUCAGACGCCGUGUUACGCACUCGCACCCACGUUCGUUUCACGUCGAGAAACGGUGGUCCCCCGUGUGGUUCGGACACUGGCUGGAUUUUGCGGGACAGUUCGCGGUGGCCGGAAUCAUCUGAUCUACGGGGCGGCAGUUCGCGCGUAGACGUGAGUCCCGCUAACGGUCGUGGUACUUCGAGAUAGCACGUUUUGGACGAUUUUUAUGUGAUAAGCGCCGCGCGUUCAAUCAGCCCGGCGCGCGAUAACUACGCCGUGCGAACUCGUAAGUACGACUCGCGGUGCACGGUUGCGUCGUGAACUCCACAUACACACGUAUACAUUUUUCUCUCCUCUCUCUCUUUCUCUCUUUUUUCUCUUUCUCUCUUCCCCUUUCUUCUUAUCUAUCUAUCUAUCUAUCUGUUUCUCACGACAGGGAGAGCACGUCACUCCACUCGUUGUUUAUCUUGACAAAUUUCGUGCCGCGUGCCGCGUUUUGCAUUCGAGUCCUCUACUCAGGUUCGGUUUACUGUGCCCGUCAUCGUGUCGACGAGAAGAGACGAAACGUGCGUGGAGAAGCGUUCGGCCGAAAAGAACCCCCCACUCGUCGCGCGCAAUCCUCAUUGUUUGCGACGGGAUCGCCAUUCAUGCGACUACGCACCGUUAUUUACAAGCUGUCGGUCGCGCAUAACCUAAACUUUCGUAGACGCGCUUUGCGAAAUUCCUACGUGUCAAGUGGCACGUGUCUUCUUGGGGUCCUCGCUCGACGAGAGCACCUAGUGCGACUCAUGUCAACGGUAUUCCGCUUCUUUUUAAGUCUAACCGUGCACGUGUGUGUCGGAUACACGACGAGCAUCCGCUGUAAGACGUCUCCGUGAGAGAUCCCGAUGAUGUCUCUCGCGAUUUCACCGUAGUGGCUGCUGUGUGAUGUAUGCAGAGAGCUCACGGAUGUUUCUCUCCCUUAACACCAACUGAAUGCGCUCGUAACUUUGAAAUCGUGCUAUAUGCCGCAGGCGUUAUGUUACUAUAUUGUAAAAUUGUAAAUCCGUUGGACAUUAACAUAGCAAGUCAUUAAUAAAGAUUUCUGAAGAAGUGAAAAAACGAAAUAUAAUGAUGGAACUUUUAGACUUGUCUCGCUCCUAAAUGGAAGUAUUAAGAAACAACUUUAAACAGUGCCAUUAAGAAUGGAUCACAUACAGGAAGUACGGCAGCUGGAGUUGCUAUGCAAACAGUUGUAUGAGUCACAAGAUUCGGCGCAUCGAGCUGAAGCGGAGAAGGCCCUUGUCGCAUUUCAAAAUGCACCAGAUACGCUUACAAAGUGCCAGCUACUCUUGGACCGUGGGGACUCGGCUUAUGCUCAAUUAUUAGCUGCCACGACUCUGACAAAAUUGAUAUCACGUUCGGCACAGGGACUUAGUAUGCAACAGAGGCUGGAUAUACGAAAUUAUGUACUCAACUACUUAGCAACACAACCAAAGUUACCGAAUUUUGUGAUACAGGCUUUGGUUACACUUUUUGCUAGGAUAUCAAAGCUUGGGUGGUUUGAUUCUGAUAAAGAUGAGUUUGUCUUCAGGAAUGUAGUCACUGAUGUAACCAAAUUUCUUCAGGGGUCGGUGGAGCAUUGUAUGAUAGGAGUACAGUUGCUUUCCCAAUUGACAUGUGAAAUGAAUCAAAUAUCAGAAGCAGAUGCAAACAGAUCUCUGACAAAACAUAGAAAAAUAGCAAGUAGUUUUAGAGACACGCAACUGUUUGAAAUAUUUAGGUUAUCGUGUACUUUGUUGAGUACAGCUCGUGAAAAUUGCAAAAGUUUGAAUUUCAAUGACGAAGCACAGCAUGGUUUGAUAAGGCAACUGUUGAAGCUUGCACAAAAUUGUUUGACCUUCGACUUCAUUGGUACAUCCACCGACGAGAGUUCGGACGAUCUUAAUACAGUACAAAUCCCGACAAGCUGGAGACCCGCAUUUUUGGAAUUCACUUCGUUGAAAUUAUUUUUUGAUCUGUAUCACAGUCUACCUAAUACAUUGUCAUGUUUAGCGCUCUCGUGCUUGGUGCAAAUAGCUUCCGUCAGACGAAGUCUAUUCUCCAAUACCGAAAGAGCGAAAUUCCUGACACACUUGGUCAAUGGUGUGAAACACAUAUUACAAAAUCCUCAGGGUCUCAGUGAUCCGGGAAAUUAUCAUGAGUUUUGUAGAUUAUUGUCUCGACUAAAAAGCAACUUCCAACUUGGUGAACUGGUCAUAGUGGAGGAUUAUCCCGAAGCAAUACAACUUAUCGCUAAGUUCACGGUGCAGAGCUUGCAAAUGUGGCAAUUUGCUCCCAACAGCCUACACUACCUGUUGACUCUCUGGCAGAGAAUGGUGUCUUCGAUGCCGUACGUGAAGGCCAACGAUCCGCAUCUGUUGAACACGUACACUCCCGAAGUAGCCAAUGCGUAUAUCACAUCGAGACUCGAGUCAGUUGCGGUGGUAGUGAGGGAGCAUUUAGAGGAUCCACUGGACGAUCUUGGGGUAGUUCAUCAUCAGCUGGAACAGAUAUCGGUCAUCGGCAGAUGCGAGUAUCAAAAAACGUGUACUUUAUUAGUUCAACUGUUCGAUCAAGCGGCAACAACGUAUCAAGAGUUAUUGACGCAAACAGCAACUCCCACUCAACAAAUUGAUAUUGCAAUACAGGAAGGACAACUCACGUGGCUUGUGUAUAUUAUAGGCGGUGUGAUUGGCGGCAGAGUCGCAUUUAAUAGCAACGAAGAGUUCGACGCUAUGGACGGCGAGUUGGUUUGCCGAGUUCUGCAAUUGAUGAAUUUAACAGACUCCAGGCUCGCGCAAGGUGGCUGUGAAAAAUUGGAAUUAGCGAUGUUGAGUUUUUUCGAACAAUUCCGGAAGAUUUAUGUAGGCGAUCAAGUUCAAAAGAACUCUAAAGUGUACAGAAGAUUAUCGGACGUAUUAGGUCUUAAUGACGAGGCUAUGGUACUGAGCAUUUUUAUCCGAAAAAUAAUAACAAACCUGAAAUAUUGGGGUAGGAGCGAACAAAUUAUCUCGAAAACGUUACAGCUUCUAAACGACUUAUCUGUGGGUUAUAGCUGUGUUCGUAAGCUCGUCAAAUUAGAAGAAGUACAAUUUAUGCUCAACAGUCAUACGAGAGAACACUUCCCAUUUUUGGGGAACAACGUUGCUGUGACAGAAAUGCGCUGUAGAUCAAUGUUCUACACGUCCCUCGGUAGACUACUGAUGGUAGAUUUAGGCGAAGACGAAGAGAGAUUCCAUACCUUUAUGUUACCUCUAACAGGUGCGCUGGAAAGUCUCGGUCAAUUAAUGGGUGCUGCGGACACACCUCUUUUUGCAGCGGAAGAAGCGAAGAAGGCGCUAAUCGGUCUAGCAAGAGAUCUACGAGGCUUAGCUUAUGCGUUCAACACCAAGAUAUCCUACAUGAUGCUUUUUGAUUGGAUAUACCCAAAUUAUACGCCGAUUUUAUUACACGCUGUGGAGCUGUGGCAUCACGAACCGCAGGUGACAACGCCCGUCCUAAAAUUAUUCGCUGAGUUAGUACAAAAUAGAAGUCAACGAUUGCAGUUCGACGCAUCCUCUCCGAAUGGAAUCCUGUUGUUCCGCGAAGCCAGUAAAGUAAUAUGUAGCUACGGCAAUCAUAUAUUGAAUGUCGAAGUACCCAAGGAUCAGAUUUAUCCCUUGAAACUCAAAGGGAUAAGUAUAUGCUUCAGCAUGUUGAAGGCAGCCUUGUGUGGAUCUUACGUCAACUUCGGAGUAUUUAGGCUAUAUGGCGACGAGGCGUUGGACAAUGCUCUUAACACCUUUGUCAAGUUGCUUCUUAGUAUUCCACAGAGUGAUCUUUUGGAUUACCCGAAGCUGUCGGCAACGUAUUAUAUGUUACUCGAAUGUCUGGCGCAAGAUCACAUGGUCUUUUUAUCCACUCUCGAACCUAGAGUUUUUUUGUACAUCCUCUCCAGCAUCAGCGAAGGCCUUACAGCUCUAGGUGCGCAAAAAGACUCCUACACAGAUACUAUGGUCUGUACAGGUUGUUGUGCAACGCUCGAUCACAUUGUGACGUAUUUAUUUAAACAACUUUAUCAAAAAGGUUAUCCAGGAAGGAAAAACGCCGUUGUUCCUGGAGGAGGAGAUUUAUUUCUGGAAGUUUUGAAGCAACAUCCUGAAAUAUUGCAGCAAAUCUUAAGUACUGUUUUAAAUGUGAUAAUGUUUGAGGAUUGUAGAAGUCAAUGGAGCAUGUCUCGUCCUCUGUUAGGUCUCAUAUUGUUGAACGAAGAAUAUUUUAAUCAAUUAAGGGAAAGUAUUAUUAGAAGUCAGCCAGUUGACAAGCAGGCAGCAAUGGCACAAUGGUUCGAAAAUUUAAUGAAUGGGAUUGAAAGGAAUCUACUCACAAAAAAUAGAGAUAGGUUUACACAAAAUUUAUCAAUGUUUAGAAGAGACAUAAAUGAUGCCCUAAAAGGACCUAAUGUAUCUGCAAAUUCUGUCAGUGACAUGAUGACUUCGUAG